CAAGUUCCUCGGUCUGCUUAUAUUUGCAAAGUCAUCGGGCAGAGCUCCCUAACACAGUUAAGUUAUUCUUUGAGUCAGAGUGUUCCGCAAAAUUACUCUCCUCCUUCCAUGAAACACAAUGGAGUUGUUUGUGGAUUAUCGCUGUGAAUAUCGAGAAGAAACAGGCAAAAUCAAACUUUCGCUCCCUCGCUUCGAGGGCAUCAGCAUUAGAGAUGUAAAGUUUGCUAUUCAAGAUGCCAUUCGUGCUCCGGUGUGUGAUCAACGACUGUUUUACCAAGAUCGAUUAUUGACAGACGAUAGCAUGCUUCUCAGCAGAUUGUAUUUCCGCGAGGGUGACUGUUUUAAGUUAAAUUUUCUCUCCCCUGUGAAUAUCAGCGGCAUGAAAAGCGAAUUAAAUGUCUUAAAAGGUGCUGCCAAAGAAAUUGUGGAUGUGCUAGAGAGACAGCUCCCCGAUAACAGCCGCAUAGAAAACGACUAUAUUGGCCUGUUGAGAUUUUUCUAUCGAGUGCAGGUUGCUUUGGAGAAACUUGCAGCUGAAUUUUUCCAUCCCUGGAAAUGUAUUAGGACUGAUGCCCACAGGCACUUCUUUGUACAAGAAGGAGGGUUUGACGCAUUUCUUGAAGUGUUUAAAUUUUCGCGAGAACUGUUUAUGAAUGAGUAAGUUUUCAAAAACUUAGUUAUUUUUCCGUUCCUAUAUGUUGGCUGCUACAAUAUCUGACCUCUACUCAAACUUUCAGCUUCCUGUUGGGGGUGGGGGUGGGGAGGAUAGGAAGGGGCCAUAGCGCUGUUACGACCCUCUAAAUUUCUGAACUCAGGAUACCAAUAGUAUGAGCUUGUGUCAAAAGGGAUAUUGUUGUGUACAUUUAUCAUAUUAAGAUGACUUAUGGGAAUUAUCUCGCUAAAAAAAUUAUAUAUCAUUCUGUAACUUUGAGGCAAAGGAACUCUUAGCUGUCUCAAAUGUUACUAAUGCCAUUCUUGAUGAGGGGGGCAUGGGCAAGAGGGGUAGGGGAGAUUUGAGGAGAAGGGGAGGGAAGUAGGAACUUGAUGAGGCUGAAAGAGAGAGAGAAAAAAACAAUAAAUCAUUUAUUAAGAUGUUAUCCUUUGCUAUAAGAGGAGGAGAAGGGAUUGUAUGUUCAGAGGAGUUAGGGGAGCAAGGUCUUGGAAUCUGUGUAUUCCCACACUGUCCCUUUCAUCCUCCUGUUUAUCCCUGCUGGUAAUGGUCAAUAAUGGAUCCAGGCCAUUUUGGAGUUGAAAUUAUGACAUAAACACCCACCAAAAUUUAUUUUUUUUCCAAGUGACAGAUUAUUUAUGUAUUCAUUGUUAAGGGACAAUAUUUCUUAUGUAGAGUCUCACCAAUCCACUGGAUGGAAAGGAUACCCUUUUAAUGCAAAUUUGUUCAAUGGACAUCCAGUGGAUUUGAUUAUUACUUUUCAUAUUUUCUUACUAGAUUCACUUGGCAGUCAAACAUUCAAUUUUCACCAGGCAGUGUGUAAUAUUGUGACAUUACCCACUGUAAUUGCUUUAAUUUUGAUUAUCAAAUAUAUCUGUUACUCUUCCCAUGAAAUUAUGAAUUGCUUUUCAUAUUGUGGUGGUAAAUCUUUCUUUUAUCUAAAACUGUGGACAUAUAUAGUGCUUGGCCACCAUUUGGCAAAUAUUACAGAAUGAUAUAAUCAUCUGUGGCCUGAUUUGGGUUGGAGUUUUCCUUUUGUUUUUAAAUCUUAACCAGUUUUGCUUUUACCUCAUGACUUUAUACUAGGGACGAGAUUGAAGAGGAAGAUAUUCUGGAGCAACGCAAAUACAACUUAAAUCGAGUUCAACUUGUUCUUCAACAAUGCUGCCUAGAUCUUUUGUGGGUUUUCUCAGAGAGAGCAGAAGACAGAGAGUUUGUUUUAUCAAAAAGCAUUCUUCCCAUGCUAUUCAAUGCACUACUUCUUCCCCACCCUUAUCCAGUGGAAAGUUUCCCAACGUUGCACGAUGGACGCCUUGCCACCUUGGUACUUCAAGUGAAUGAGGCGGCCAUUGGAUGUGUUGGAGGGUGAGUACAGGCUGGGUUCUCAUUUCUGUUGUAAGUAACAAAGUGUUACUGAAAGAAACUUUGAUUUCAGAAGAGUAUGUGAAUUUUAUUAGACCCUAGUAGGUGUGCCUGACUUUAUAUCAAGCAUUGUAACAUGUUAUGGUGAUUCUGAUAAUUGAAGUACACAUGGCAUAAACUUGCCUUCAACUAUUCAGUUCAUCACUAUGAAGCAAACUGAUAUUGCUGCAGAUUUAAUAAAAAUCAACCAUCCCUGUUACAAUUUUGAUGACCAAUCUGUUUAUUUUAUUCAAAGCUAAAAAAAUUAAUUUCGUCUUCUGUUAUUUCUUCAGAUUAGUGGAACUAGAUCCCAAUGCUCAAGAGGUAGUUUCCAAAAUGUCCCAACUGAUUGACAAGCUUGUAUUUAUGAUAGACAGGUGCCAAUCAAUGCGAGCAGGAUACUCACUUUUUUCCAGCCAAGUUGCAGCAAACACUUUGUUUUAUUGCACUUUUAAUGUUAAAUCUGCUACAACAUUAGUGGAUUGUGGAGCACUGGAUAAAAUUAUUGACAUCACAACAAACCUACUAGAUGAAAUGCAUGGAGAUACACCUCUCAGGUGAGAAUUAUUCAAUUAAAUCAUUACCCCUGAUGUUGCCCAAGUAACUAGGAGAAAUUUUUUGUUUGGCCUUUAAAACAAGAGGCCUAUAAUUUUGACUCUUAAUUAAGUUAACCAGGGAGAAUGUUGUCAAAUUACAGUCUUCAGUGAAUCAGGACAAAGGCAUCAUUAUAAUUGCCAAUCCCCUCACUGUAAGGAGACAUUUUGUAAAAUACUAAAAUCAAGAGCACAUUCAGAGUCAGUGAAAUUGCAGGACCUUAAAGUGUGUAAAUUAUUAUCCAUGGUUUACAGACUUUUUGUAAUGGUGCUCUUGAAUCUCUCUUUUUUUUUAUUUGCUCUAUAGGUACUACUGUUGUUUAUUCCUUGCAAGAAUACUCUCAGCUCCAUUGGUUAGGGUGGAGAAAGACACUAAAAGUACUGUUGAUGUACUUAUCAACAAGUUUCUGGAAAGGCAUAUUCCCAGUGAAAUAUCAGAAUGGGAGGAAUCAUUGAGUUUUGAGUGGGUCACAAUUGUGCCUUUAGUUCAUCUUGCUUUUGCAGCAGGAAAGGAAUGGAAAAAAACAACCAAUCCAACAAUUCAAGAAAAGAAUAAUGUUGAAAGUCAUUUUGCUUCCCACAGUACAAACAUGGCUACUUUAGACUCAAGCAAAAUGGUCAGUGAUUCUGAUACCAAUCUGGAUAUGAAUACUUCACCUCUGUCUGGAAUUAGAGGUUGUGAAAUGGUUUGUUUAAGUAACCAGUUCACUUGGCCAGGCUCUUCUGCAAUUCAGAGGCUUGGAAUCUUUUCUCUAGUCCACAUGCUCUCCAUUAAAGACAACCAAAAGCUAGCACUGUCUCAAAACCUUGUCCCAUACCUGGUUUGUCUGUCAUGGCAGCUGGAUCCUGAAAAUAGAGGCAAGCUCAUUGCAAGCCUGGCUAAUUUCCAAAACAUUUCACCCCCUUCUUUAAAAAUUACUGUUAAAUCUGUGCUCUCUUUUGUUAAUGGGUUUGAUAUGGUUUUUAACUUGUAAGCUAUCCAAAAUUCACCUGACAAGACUUAAUUAAAUUGAGGGGUAAAUUUUGGGUAUUAAGUUAAACAAAUAAUACAGAAAUCUCAAUUAAAUCCCAAAUUCAUGUUUCUUUCAACUAGAGAAAUGAUUAACUUAACUUAUGUGUAAGCAUUAGCCAGGUUAAAUUCACAAAUUGCAAACUAGUACACAGAAUCAAGCUAAAAUUAUUUAGCUGUAAAAAAUACUUAUUACACUCAUGACAGAUAUGUUUUAAAUGAUGGAAUGGGAUAAAAAUAAGAAAAUAUUUUUAGAAAUUAUUUGUAUUGUAUUUUAUUUCAGUUUUGCAAUUGGUAUGUCAUGAUUUGCUUUUUGCCAUGCACUUCAAGGAAAUAAAACGUGCAUUCUUUUGGAAAUGGUCCUAACUACUUUAAAAUAGGUUGUCUUUAUGUUCUUAUUCAGUUGUGUACUAAAUUCUUAAGUCAAUCAAAGAAUAUUUCGUAACCCUCACCACUUAACUGAAGAAAUGGAACUUAUACAGUCAGAGAUUAUCAUAUUUUUUACCUUG